AUGUUAUUACUUGGUAAUCAAUUUCCUGAUUUUUCUGCUGAUACAAGUUUUGGAAGAAUUGAAAGUUUUCAUAAUUGGAUAGGAGAAAAUUGGGCAAUUUUAUUUUCUCAUCCAAGUGAUUUUACGCCCGUUUGCACAACAGAAUUAGCACGUGCCGCUCAAUUAUCAACAGAAUUUGCUAGCCGAAAUACAAAAUUAAUUGCUUUGAGUUGUAAUUCUGUCCAAUCACAUUUAUCUUGGUUGAAUGAUAUAAUUGAAUAUAAUAAUAAAUAUUAUGGAAAGAUUGGACAAAAACAACACUUUAAAGAUGCAGAAAAUAAUUUAAAUGUAGACAACUUUCCUUUUCCAAUAAUUGCUGAUGAAAAUCGUCAUUUGGCUACAAAAUUAGGAAUGCUUGAUCCACUCAAUUUGGAUUCUAUUUCUGGAAUUCCUUUAACUGUUAGAGCCGUUUUCUUCAUUGAUCCACAAAAACGUCUUCGCCUCUCAAUUUUGUAUCCAGCAAGUACUGGACGAAAUUUCGAUGAAUUACUUCGUGUAUUAGACUCUAUGCGGCUUUCAGAUGAAUAUAUGUUGGCUACACCUGAAGGAUGGAAUAACGGUUCUCCAUGUAUGAUUGAACCAAAAGUUGGCAGUGAAGAGGCAAAUAAAUUAUAUUCUUCAAUUAAUACAUUACAACUUCCUUCCGGAAAGGGUUAUAUGCGUGUAGUAGAUCAACCAUUAAUUAAUGAAAAUAAAAAGGAAGAAAAUAAAUAA